AUGGGCGGCGGUGGAGGGUGGGCGCCGGCCGGUGUGGGGCAGUGGGCGGUGACGACCGGGUGGAGUGGUGGCCAGGCACGAAGCAGCAGGCGGAGCGGUGGAGUGGCCGCUGGGCUGAGGCAACCCGGGGCGACGGGGCGGCCUGUGAAUUGGCUAUGUCAGGUGAAUCCAAGUGGUGAUAAUCAAAAAAAGGAAGGGUGGUCUAAACUAGACGAGGGGUGGAUAAAAAUAAACUUUGAUGGAGCUUCACAGGGCAAUCCAGGGCUGUCAGGAAUUGGGUUUGUAGCUCAAGAUUGGUCAGGUAAUAUUUUGGCAUUUGGUGAAAAACUUAUUGUCGAUGGGAUAAAUAAUGUAGUGGAGGCAAUGGCAACAUAUAUGGAAAUUCUUGGGUGGUGGCCUGGUGGUGGAGUGGUGGCCGACCAAAAAAAAGGGUCGGGAGGGCCACUGGGCCAGCGGUUUGUAGGAGGCGGCCGGGGAGCGGAGCGGCGAGUGGCCGAAACCGACAGUGGGGGCCAGGGAGGAGGCCGCAUGGUCGACGACGGGGGCCAUAGGGAGCCGGAGGCACAGGGAGCGGUGGGCGGCGAGGCCAAGGGUUGCAGCACCGAGCGGAGCAGAGGAGGCAGCACCCGGGGGCUGGUGCCGGAGAGUGGGGGGUCAGAAAGAGCUGGUGGCACGGGGCUCGAGGUAGGGGCAACGUUCGUGGGCCAGUCAUACUGA